UUUUCGAGACAGUCAUAAAAACAAACAUGUGAUCCUAAUUAUAUUACGGCCUACGAAGCUGACCGUCUGGUUCCAUUUGAGCAGCCAGAAUUUCGGUCACCUAAUUCAUUGAUCCUGUCGAGCUCUGCUCUUCUCUCCAUUUUCUUAAAAGCCAGUUGAUCACUGGGCUCCUUUUUCAACCCCAUCUAGAAUAGGAUAUAUUCUCUCUUUUUCCCCAUUCCAAAUCCACCACAUCAGCUUGUUAGACACCACGGGAAAAAAGGGACCAAAUCCAAUGUCCCAAGUCCCAGCCAGACUCCCAAUGACCUUCUAGUUUCUACGCAAGGAAUUUCCAGAUGUCUAGGUGUUUCAGCUUCACCGAAUCCAGGAACUGGUGCUACCGAUCCACUUUCCUCAAAUCGGGGCUCCGAUCCACCGUGACGGACCUCGAAGAUGGCACCAUCAUGCACUGUUGGGUCCCCAACAUCCGGAAAGAGAGUAAGCCCGACCUUCUCCUGAUCCACGGCCUCGGAGCCAACGCAUUGUGGCAGUGGGCCGACGUCAUCCCUCACGUCAUCGCUUACUACAACAUCUACGUCCCCGACCUCGUCUUCUUCGGUGACUCGGUCACGAACCGGCCGGACCGGUCGGAGUCGUUCCAGGCGCAGUGUGUGAUGCGGGUGAUGGAGGCCAACUCGGUGCGAAGACUGAGCCUGGUGGGCCUGAGCUACGGCGGGUUCGUCGGGUACAGUAUGGCGGCGCAGUUCAAGGAAGUGGUGGAGAGGGUGGUGCUGUGCUCCGCCGGGGUGUGCAUGGAGGAGAAGGACCUGAGGGAAGGGGUUUUUAGCAUCUCGGACUUGGAGGAGGCGGCCAGGAUUUUGGUGCCGCAGACACCCGAAAGGCUGAGGGAGUUGGUGUACUACACAUUUUUUAGACCUCCGCCGGUGGGAUUGCUGCCCGCUUGCCUGCUCACCGAUUUCAUCGACGCAAUGUGCACGGAAUAUGCGGAGGAGAAGAGAGAGCUGAUUCGAGAUAUUCCCAAAGGCCGGAAACUUUCAGAUCUUCCCAAGAUUUCUCAGCCCACAUUGAUAAUCUGGGGAGAGCAUGAUCAAGUAUUUCGACUGGAACUUGCUUACAGAUUGAAAAGGCACCUGGGGGAUAAUGCUCAGCUAGAAGUCAUCAAGAAUGCAGGGCAUGCCUUCAAUGUCGAGAAACCCAAGGAGUAUUACAAGCUCUUGAAAUCUUUUCUGGUAGAUUCGCAGCCUCCUCCAUCGAACCUACCUGCCAAGCAGAUCAAACCCACUACCAUCUUGAACAUAUAAAGGAGCACAAACAAAGAUAUGUUAUCCUCUUGGAAAUUCGUUCCCUUCACGAAGGCUAACAUGUAAUCAUAUUUUUAAUUUUUCCCUUCUGAGCUAACAUGUAAGAUUUCUCUCUUAAAACACGUCUUCAACCCAGGAAUUGAAUUUCUGAUUCAAUAAAGCACGGGCUUGGUAACCCAACCCCAUUUCUAGCAA